UCCUGUUCAUCCACUUUUCUGUUAGCCACGCCCCCACAGGUAAACCAGCAAAUCACUGCCUCCGUUCUCACAAACGUCUGAUCUGUGGCCGGUCGGACUUCAUUCCACAGAUGUGCUUUAACAAAGUGUGAAGCUGAACUCUGAGCUGUGACAGUGAAGCAGUGUGAGAGUGUCAGUAGAUGAUCAGCAGAGGAAAGUGAAGCUGCUGUGAGCUGAUGUCCUGAAGGGCUUUUAAAGAGUCUCUGAGUUUGACAGGAACAUGAAGAUGUUUGUGGUGUUUGUGAUCCUCCUGCACGUUUCCCAGUAUACCACAUUGGCUGUUGUGGUAGAAGUUUAUGAGGGAGAAAGAUCUGUCCUCCUGCCCUGCCUGUACUCAGGUUUCAUACCUGAGGACUCCACAGUUAUCUGGACUCUCAAUGAUCUUGUUCCCAAACCUGUCCACCUACGAGGAAAAGGAGGAGAUGAUCUUAAUGGGCAGAUCCAGCAGUACAAAGGGCGCACAUCAAUGAAUCCCUAUGCUCUCAUCACAAAAGAUUUCACCCUUACUCUGAGAAGGCCAACAAAGACUGACUCCGGCAACUACACCUGCUCCAUCAGUGCAGGAGAAAGUGAACGGAGACUGAGAAGCAUCCAACUGCAUAUCAAAGACCAGCAGGUGGACAUGAAGGUGGAGGUAGGCUCACAGUCUGUCAUCCUGCCCUGCAAAACAAAACCUAACAUACCCGAGGCCACCAGAGUGGAGUGGACUCGCUCUGACCUCGGACUCAUGGUGGUCCAUGAGUAUUCAAAUCAAAGUGGCCAACUUAUGACUCAGGAUGAAGUUUACAGAGACCGAACGAAGAUGAAUGAAGACCUGCUGAGAACUGGGGACCUCAGUCUGACCCUGAAACAGCCCACAGAGAGAGACACAGGACGAUACAUCUGCACCAUCUACAGGGACAAAGACAUCCUCAGAUGGAAAGUAGUGCUGCAGGUCAAAGGUUACAAGGUGGUGGUGGUUUCAGGGGAGGAGUCUGUCCGGCUGCCAUGCAAAGCUAUAGUCAGAUUCCUUAAAGACAUUAAAGUGGAGUGGACAAACAGAGACAACAGGAAGAUCCACAUAUAUGAGAACGGCUCUGAUCAGCCUGGAGAACAGGACGAGGUUUAUAAAGACCGAACAGAGAUGAAGACAAACUUGCUGAAAACUGGAGACCUCAGUCUGACUCUUGAAUAUCCCACAGAUGAAGACACAAACACCUACACCUGCCGCGUCUACAGUAUGAAGGGAGACAUCUUGUUAACAAAAACUGUGAAACUCGGUGUCAGAGUUCCUCAGUGA